CACAUAGAGAGAAUUCCAGACCUCAAGGUUCAACGAACUCAAAGCUCGACAAAGGAGAAACAGUGGACAGUGGCAAUCUCCGACAUACCCAUGGCCAAGAAUGGAAUCUGUUGCUGAGUUUAGACUACGUAAUGGCCAAGAAUCGAAGCCGUUGCUGAGUUUAGGAGUGGCACUCUACCACAUAGCCGAAUGGCCAAGAAUCGAAGCCGUUGCUGAGUUUAGACUUUGGCCAAGAAUCGAAGCCGUUGCUGAGUUUAGACUACGUACUGGACACGAUUGCCUGGCAAAACACCUUCACAGAUAG